GGUUUAUAUUAGCGAUCCGUGCCCUUCAAAUGACACUACUUCGUUAGUAGCCGCGCCGGACAGAACUGAUUUUUCUUAAGCAAGUUGCAAUCAAGAAGACGACAUGAGCAAAAUCGGAAUUAAUGGAUUUGGCCGUAUCGGCCGUCUCGUGCUUAGGGCUUCCUUGGAACGCGGUGGCCAGGUCGUCGCCAUCAACGAUCCUUUCAUCGGUCUCGAUUACAUGGUCUACAUGUUCAAAUAUGACUCCACCCACGGCAAGUUCAAGGGAGAGGUCAAGGCCGAGGGUAACUGCCUCGUUGUCAAUGGAAAUAAGAUUGCAGUCUUCAGCGAGCGCGAGCCCAAGGCGAUUCCUUGGGCGAAGGCUGGCGCCGAGUACGUCGUCGAAUCCACCGGCGUGUUCACGACCAUCGAGAAAGCAUCUGCUCACUUGGAAGGCGGUGCCAAGAAGGUCAUCAUCUCCGCUCCAUCUGCUGAUGCACCAAUGUACGUAGUCGGUGUAAACUUGGAAGCUUACGAUCCGAGCCAGAAAGUAGUCUCCAACGCCUCCUGCACCACCAACUGCUUGGCACCUCUCGCCAAGGUGGUUCAUGACAACUUCGAGAUUGUCGAGGGUCUCAUGACAACCGUACAUGCGAUUACGGCCACUCAGAAAACCGUCGAUGGACCUUCUGGCAAGCUGUGGCGUGAUGGUCGUGGCGCGGCGCAAAAUAUUAUUCCCGCUGCAACUGGCGCUGCUAAAGCAGUCGGCAAGGUUAUUCCGGCUCUCAAUGGAAAACUCACCGGCAUGGCUUUCCGCGUACCCGUACACAAUGUGUCCGUAGUCGACUUGACGGUUCGACUUGCCAAGCCUGCGACAUACGAAGCUAUCAAGGCCAAAGUAAAGGAAGCUUCCGAGGGUCCUCUGAAGGGUAUUUUGGGUUACACCGAGGACGACGUUGUCUCAUCCGAUUUCAUCGGCGACAACCACUCCAGCAUCUUCGACGCUAAGGCUGGUAUACCUCUCAACGACAAUUUUGUAAAGCUGAUCUCGUGGUAUGACAAUGAGUUCGGUUAUUCCAGUCGAGUCAUCGACUUGAUCAAGUUCAUGCAGAGCAAGGACAACUAAACAGUUCCCGUAACUAAACAGUUUCUCGAUUAUUCAUCCGCGUCCUUAUAGCUCCGAUCUCGCCGUAUAGCGAAUUAAUCAACCGCUAUACGGUGCAUAUCAUUGUAAAAAAAGCUGUUAAAAAAGCUGUAAAAAAACACCGUGUUUAAUCAGCGUCAUUACUAACUCGUAGCAGAGAUGUACACGGAAUAAAGCAAGACGUGUAGCAUACAUUCUUUCUCGCACAGUUAAUAGAGUUGUAGAUAAAGCGGUGUAUUCAUCAUUUUAAUUGGAAUAUAAAACAAGACAGGUUCUAGCAUGUAUUGUAUUUGAAAAUCUAUAUUUAUCUGGUUACACUGUAUCAGAGUUGUUUCAGCGAAUCGUAAAUAAAAAUGUGAAUAUUGUCACAUAAAUAUAAUAUAACAGUACCUAUAAUCGCGAAAUUUAUGCUGCGUAAAAUCGAGGCGCAAUAAAAGUAGAGAGAAAUGUAUGACAAUAGAAAUUAAAGUUAAAUUUCCUUCUACUCACAAUAAACUCGAAUGAUUUUAUUUCUCAGAAAAUGAAGAAUAGUUUUGUCACAAUAUAUUUUUGUCAUGAGUACGGAGAUUUUACUAUACUUGUAUCCUACCGUGGUAGAAUUACAAGCAUAUAUACUCGCCUUUUAUCACUCGUUCAUUCGUACACUGGAGAUACAUAUAUAAGUACUUGUGAUUUUCUUCUGUACGAUUAACAUUAUUUUUCAUUCAUACAAUGACAUCAAUAAAAAUUAUUAUGAAA